AUGUGUGUUACAAUUACGACUAGACCAAUUAUUAACUUAAAACGCACACCUGCUCUGCUCUUAUUCCUCUUCCUUCCCCCCACCCCAAUUUCUCGCCAGUUCUCCCACCCAGCCGUCGCUCUUGCUCCUAUCCCGCCGUAUCCUCUCCCUCACUACCCACCUUCACCUCUCCUAUUCACCUCACAGUCACUCAGCCCCACACCGCGAUCUCCUCUUCCUUACCUCCCCUCCGUCGCCUCUCCCUCCUCCCCGAUGUCGCCUCUCCCUCCUCCCCGCCGUCGCCUCUCCCUCCUCCCCGCCGUCGCCUCUCCCUCCUCCCCGCCGUCGCCUCUCCCUCCUCCCCGCCGUCGCCUCUCCCUCCUCCCCGCCGUCGCCUCUCCCUCCUCCCCGCCGUCGCCUCUCCCUCCUCCCCGCCGUCGCCUCUCCCUCCUCCCCGUCGUCGCCUCUCCCUCCUCCCCGCCGUCGCCUCUCCCUCCUCACCGCCGUCGCCUCUCCCUCCUCCCCGCCGUCGCCUCUCCCUCCUCCCCGCCGUCGCCUCUCCCUCCUCCCCGCCGUUGCCUCUCCCUCCUCCCCGCCGUCGCCUCUCCCUCCUCCCCGCCGUCGCCGCUCCAUCCUCCCCGCCGUCGCCUCUCCUUCCUCCCCGCCGUCGCCUCUCCCUCCUCCCCGCCGUCGCCUCUCCCCCCUCCCCGCCGUCGCCUCUCCCCCCUCCCCGCCGUCGCCUCUCCCCCCUCCCCGCCUUCGCCUCUCCCUCCUCCCCGCCGUCGCCUCUCCCUCCUCCCCGCCGUCGCCUCUCCCUCCUCCCCGCCGUCGCCUCUCCCUCCUCCCCGCCGUCGCCUCUCCCUCCUCCCCGCCGUCGCCUCUCCCUCCUCCCCGCCGUCGCCGCUCCAUCCUCCCCGCCGUCGCCUCUCCUUCCUCCCCGCCGUCGCCUCUCCCUCCUCCCCGCCGUCGCCUCUCCCCCCUCCCCGCCGUCGCCUCUCCCCCCUCCCCGCCGUCGCCUCUCCCCCCUCCCCGCCUUCGCCUCUCCCUCCUCCCCGCCGUCGCCUCUCCCUCCUCCCCGCCGUCGCCUCUCCCUCCUCCCCGCCGUCGCCUCUCCCUCCUCCCCGCCGUCGCCUCUCCCUCCUCCCCGCCGUCGCCUCUCCCUCCUCCCCGCCGUCGCCUCUCCCCCCUCCCCGCCGUCGCCUCUCCCCCCUCCCCGCCGUCGCCUCUCCCUCCUCCCCGCCGUCGCCUCUCCCUCCUCCCCGCCGUCGCCUCUCCCUCCUCCCCGCCGUCGCCUCUCCCUCCUCCCCGCCGUCGCCUCUCCCUCCUCCCCGCCGUCGCCUCUCCCUCCUCCCCGCCGUCGCCUCUCCCUCCUCCCCGCCGUCGCCGCUCCUUCCUCCCCGCCGUCGCCGCUCCUUCCUCCCCGCCGUCGCCUCUCCCUCCUCCCCGCCGUCCCCUCUCCCUCCACGCGGUUGCCUCUCCCUCCUCCCCGCCGUCGCCGCUCCCCCCUGA